GGUCUGGGGAAGGGGCCCCGCUACCGCUACCGCUGCCGCCCCCCUCACGACUUACCCAGCAGGAGGGACGCGGCGAGCAGGAGCCGAGCCGGCAGCCUCAUCGCUGCCCCGUCCCGAACAACUGAAGGGAAACCGAAAGCACAGGCUGGUUGAUCAUUAACAGAGCCAAGCUGACCGAGCAACCCACCACGGCUGUUUUUCCCUGGACAAUCUUCAUACUUAUAGUGGACUAACAGGAAGAUGGUUGAAUAUCCGAAGAGAAAGCUGCUUAUUGUUAUUGCUGUCCUCUUGCUGCUCAGCUCAGCACAAGGAGGGAAUACAGACAGAGUCUCAGGGCAUCACUGUACUGACUUCCAGACAGCAUAUAUCCUACGGGGCAGCAAACUUAAUGUCCAGUUUCUCCUGUUUACCUCCUCAAGCCCUAGUUGUGGGGAGCUGAUUUUAGCUGAUGAUGGCAUCAAGAACUCCAGCUUCAACAGCAGCCUGGAAACCAAGAUCAUAAUCCAUGGCUUCAGGGCUUUGGGUACCAAACCUUCCUGGAUCGAAGGGCUUGUCCAUGCCAUACUGCAUACAAGUCAAGUGAACGUGAUUGCAGUAGACUGGGUUUAUGGAUCGACAGCAGCCUAUCCCUCCGCAGUGGAAAAUGUCACACAACUGGCACUCUCCAUCUCACAAUUCAUCAGCAAGCUCCUGGCCCUGGGAGUUUCAGCAACAUCCAUCCACAUCAUUGGGGUAAGCCUUGGUGCGCAUGUCGGUGGCCUGGUGGGGCACUUCCAUGGCAGUCAGCUGGGACGGAUAACAGGCCUGGAUCCCGCAGGACCUAAGUACACCAGAGCCAGCCUUGAGGAACGCCUGGACCCUGGGGAUGCCCUCUUCGUGGAGGCCAUUCAUACUGAUGCUGACAAUUUUGGGAUCCGGAUUCCUGUAGGUCACAUCGAUUACUUCAUCAAUGGAGGCAAAGACCAGCCAGGAUGCCCCCGAUUCAUCUCUGCAGGCUAUAAGUAUCUGAUCUGUGAUCACAUGAGGGCAGUACAUCUCUAUGUCAGCGCCUUGAAACAUUCCUGUCCGAUCCUGGCGUUCCCUUGUACAAGUUAUCAAGACUUUUUAAAUGGACGUUGCCUGGACUGCGUUGACCCCUUCCUGUUCUCCUGUCCCAGAAUAGGCCUGCUGGAGCAGGCUGGUGUCAACAUGAAGAAUCUGCCCAAGGAAGUGAAAGUUUACUUGAUGACCAGUCCCUCAGCCCCAUUCUGUGUCUAUCACAGCCUGGUUGAGUUCCACUUGCAGAAGAAAAGAAACGUAGUCACCAGCAUUGAGAUCACUUUCUUCGGCAACAGCACCGAGGACAAAGCCAAGAUCACCAUACCUAAGCACCAUGUGGUGGGCAAACGGCUUCUGGCCCACAGAGUGCCCCCCUGCCAGAUAAACAGCAUGACACUGAAGUAUCUCCCCAAGAAUCAGUUUUGGAGGAAGGAUGAGCCAUUCAUUGUCGGCAAGUUCUGCACAGCCCCGCUGCCUCUUGAUAGCAACAGGACAAUGUCAUGCCUGCCCUGGAACCUCACCCUCCCUAGCAACGCAGACGUCUCCUUCGAGCUGCCCACUGCUUGUGCCUAGCACUGCCUUCAGAGCAUGCAAGCAUACCCAACACCCUAAAGGAGUCCUAAACCUAUCACUGCUCUCUGCUCACAGAUGAUACUUUCACCAUAAAACUCGAUGGGUUAUUUAUUUCCUGCAUGAGGGACAGGAUGUGAAGGAAAAGAAGCGUGUGGCAGAUCGGUGAGUACAAGGUUGACUGCUUACAGGAAGACAUCUUAGUUAAAAGGACUGGAUUGGGACUUUUAUCUCACGGGGUUCUGUACCCAGCUCUGAGAACGAGGUGGGCAAGUCAUUUAAUUUCAAGGUUUGGAUCUGCAUGAAAAGAGGAGGAGACUCUUCCUACAACGGGAAUGUUGGGAUGAUUCAUUUGUGUUUUAUAUUAAAGUGUCCCAAGAUCAUCAUAUUAAA